UCCUCUUUGAGUCCAAUGGCGGUUUUAUUUCGGGGGAUUUCUGGUGCCAUCAGUGGAGAUGGAGAACUUCUGUUUUAUCUGUUGAGAGAUUUUGGCAACAUUGGACAGCAACAUCGCAGGGUUUUCCUUUUGAAUUUUGUGGAACCGUUGAGACUGGUCAGUGGUGAUUUGGUGACUCUCGGUAUUCCGGUUAGCAACAUAAUUGUCAUCGGUUAUUUGGAUUUUAUUUUUUCAAAGUGUUGGGACAGGAUGGGACGACCUGCGAAGCAGAAGUCUGAAUCUGAGGCUGAAAAACCCAAGGCCACGAAACUCAAAAAAUUGAAGGCAGUGGACGAGGAUGACACGCCGGAUUCUCCAGAUGAGAAUAAGGACGACAUUAUUGCUAGUCUUCAGGAGCAGGUGAAGCUGCUGACAAUUGAGGUGAAGACACUGCGUAAACAUGUGAAGGCAGGCUCACAACCCCCAGAGACACCUGGAAAAAAAGGAAAAGAGGCAAGUGCUGAUACUCCUGGACCUUCCAAGGGCAGAAGAUCCUCCACUGGACAGGGCAAACCCAAACCCAAGGACAAGGGUUGCUCCUGCAAGGGCAACUGCUCCACGAAAAUUUGUGGAUGCGUCAAGAAGGAUUUUUACUGCCUAUCCACAUGCAAAUGCAGUGAUGCAUGUCAAAAUCAGGAUCCCGAAGGGGACAACGAGAAUAAAGAGAACGAGAAUAACGGGAAAAAUCAGGGAAAUGAGAUAGUGACAUCCCCAGAGAGUUCGGUCACUAGUGCCUCACCAAAACCCCAAAAAUCAAAACGAGGCAAGCCAUCGAAGGAGGAGACCCUUGGUCACCAGGAUUUCAAUCCCAUGCUGCCACGUCGUCAGCUUGCUCGCAGUCCUCUCCCAACAAAAUCCACAAAAGACGUGACUAAAGAUCACCCUGAUCACCCCGCCUUCGCUGAGGAGACUCUCCCCCUCCCCAAAAGCGAACCUGACGAAGAAGAAUUGCCACCCCCAGAAGAUAUCAACAAGAUUGAAGUCGACUGGGAGCAGCACAAGGCACAGCUGGUUCAGUGCUCCAAGUGCAAACGAGGUUUUUACGCAUAUCGACUAAAGAAACACGAGGCGUCAUGCAUUAAAGUCUGAGUGUUAUCGAUCUAUUUUUAUAUUAUUUACUAAUGUAUUGUUUACCAUUAAUUAAUUUAAAUAAUCUCUGAAACAAUUCCGGAAUUAUUUGGAUCGAAUGAAUAUUAUUAAUCGAUUGUAAUUUCAAUAGUUAAAAUUCAAUUUUCAUUCGUUCAACCUUCAAAUAAUUCGAGGAUCAUUUAAUCGAUUAAUUGAAUAAACGAUUAAUAUUAUAACAAUAAAAAUCAGAGAUAAAGUCA